UGGACGGGCAGUGGUUUGUGGUUGCCAUUUGACUAUAAGUGACAAAAUGGAAAUGCUUCAACUUUUCGCGAAGCUUGUAAUUUUAUGCCUUUGUCUGCUUGCUCAGGGUAAAUGUGAAGAAGAUUCCGACAGUCUGAUGUUUUCAGCUUCCGCAACAAAAUUUUUUACACUUGACGUUAACCUCGACAUAAGUGGCCAUUACUGCUUCGACGAACCCGUUGUACUGAGAAAGCUAGAGGCUUAUUCGAAAGGAGAUACAAAUGUUGUAUUCGAUGUCUUUGCAACUUGCAUAACCAAUUGCUCAUUCAAAAUAAUUAUUUCGAGAAAAGAUGGUGCAGUCGGUUGGAGCCAAACGGAGAAUUUUGUUGAUUGGGGUAUUCAAGCAGAUGUAGACGACUGCCAAGGUAUUACAUGUCCUUCUGGAUUACAUUGUAUCGAUUUUGAUUUCGGGUAUAGAUGUAAAUGCACAACCAAUAUGUCGGCGCCGGAAUGCAAAGGUUAACAAACUUAUAUAAACAUAUGUUGAUUUUUUUUAUCUUUGCGUGACCGAUUUUUUUUUUAUAUAUAUAGUAGG